AAGCAUCAGUCCGUGCAAGGGACAGAGUGGGAGUAACUUCCAUGCAGUGCAGGGCUCCCAUCACAGAGAGCCCACUUAGGAGCUCGCCCCGCGGGGAUGACACACGCAUGCUGCUGCUGCUCGGCGAGCACUUUGUCAUUUGCCAGCCACUGCCCAUGGACGAGGCAGAUCGGGCCACUGAGCGAGUAACGUCCGGGGGGGUUAUUUGCUUUCCUGCAAUGGCUCCAGUGACAGAUCCGAACAAGUGGGAGCGACGCUGAUCUCCAUGGAGCCCCCUCCUGCCUCUGGCUGCUGCACCGGCUGCUGUGUGUGAAGCCGCCCCAGCCAGGACGGACCAUGAGGGGCGUCUUUGGCUUCAAGCGGCUGAGGCUGAAGAUCUGGAGGAGAUGCACGCUCCUGUUCUUCCUCUGCUGGGCUGCCUGCUGGCUGCUGGGCAGCACCUUCCUCUUCCUUGUCCACAGGAGCGUCUUCUCGGAGCGCUGCACGGACGAGAAAAGCCACAGGAUCCUGGCGAGGCUGUGUCUUGACUACAGCAAAGGAGCCCUGACUGGCGACCUUUGUGAAGACUUGUGUGUGACACAGAAGCUGGUGUACAAACAGUGCCUUUACUACGACAGAGGUAAGAAGGUCAUCCAGGCGGACUGGAAAGGCCAGCCAGUCAUCUUGAAAUCCAAAAAGGAAAUCUUCUCUAGCUACCAGCGUCUCAGAUUGCUUGAUGAAGUGGAAACACCGGAUAUUCCUGAGACAGAGCUUCUGCUGAUGGUAGCUUUGGAGGUCAAAAAUGUACUGGGUCUGGAAUUAUCUAACAACACCAUGGGACCCUUAUGGACUAGGAGGAGAGAUCUGCAUUGGAAAGCACAAGUGGCCAGCAUGUGGUCCUUACUCCAGCAGGAAGAAUAUAUCUACUUCAGUCUACUGCAGGACUUCAGCAAACACGUCCUACGGGUCAUCGGCUCCUGUGGCCACUUCUAUGCUGUGGAGUAUCUCACAGCCGGACAUGCCUGGCACAAAACUAUUUUUCCUUUGGAGGAUGCAGUUGGUCCUUCCUUCACUGGCACUAAACGCAAGGUGAAGGCAAUAACUGACAUUGCACUCAGCUUCCUAGAUAUGGUGAAUCAUUUUGAUAAUGAUUUCUCUCACCGGCUUCACCUGUGCGAUAUCAAACCAGAGAAUUUUGCUAUCAGAAAUGAUCUCACGGUGGUCGCCAUUGAUGUGGAUAUGGCCUUUUUUGAACCUAAAAUGAGGGACAUCCUUGAACAGAAUUGCACAGAAGACGAAGACUGUAAUUUUUUCGAUUGCUUUUCAAAGUGUGACCUGAGAAUCAGAAAAUGUGGGGCAGAGAGGGCCAACAACAACCUGCAAAAUCAAACAUCUGCCCAGCUCUCCUCCUGAGUUCCCAGCCCUAACCACCAAACCAUCCUUCCUCUGUGCCUGGUUUGCAUUACUUUGUUGUUGUGACAACAUAUACCCUGCACAGCACAUUAGCACAGAAGCUAUUGCUCAACACAGUGGUUCUAAAACUAUGGUCUGUUGCUCUCCUGUGGUCUGCAGAAUGGAACAUUUUGAAAAUCACGCAGUGGUGACUUGUUUGGCCAGGAUCCCUCUACUACACAGUACUCUAAGAAUGGAAAAAUUACAGUGGAGAACAACUGGCCAUCUUACUUUCAAGAGGAAGCAAAUACAGCAUUGCGAUCUGAAUUUAUAAAUUGGAGACAGCAUUGCAAAAGGAAGGUGGUGGUGAACUCUGUUGGAUUGUGCUUGGACCAAUCCAUUCACCUCAAUGUUUCUCAUAGACACCGUGAUCUUGGAUGUGAUCAAAGAGAAUAAAUGGUGAAAAAGAGCCAGCUUUGGAUGAAAGAGAUGGAAAUACACUCUCCCAUCUGUGGAGUCACAGUAAGGAGUCUCACACUGAUACCAUUAGAGAAUACCUGGAACACUGCAUGAAGAAUUGGAAACUUAACACAGGAAGUUUGCUUAAUAUGAAGGCAUUGACUAAACUGUUAGGAUGAAUUAUUCACAGGCAUGGAACAGAGCCAGUGAAAACAGACAGUAAUCUACCAGAAAUUGUAGAACGAUUCUGAGGAUUAAUUGCUUCAAAAAAUUCAGUGCUCCUUUAAUAUUAGAUUUAAGAUUAUCUUGAGUUUUGUGCUUGUUUACAACUCCACACAUUCCAAUGCGAGUAUCUGGACACAGAAUUCCACAGGUAACGGUUGAGGGUGCUAUAUUGCUGGGAAGUACAUUUGUAACAAUGUAACAAACUAACACUAUAUUUUAAUACCACUCUUAUGGUACAAUAAUUAUGACUCAUGU